CAAGACAGACCCAGCAAGGAGAGAUCUAAAACAAAUAAAAAUCGAAGCCUGCCCUCUCCGAUUUUAAAAGCCUUUCACUCUCUCUAAGCCAUAACAACCCCUCUCUCUACCAGCACCCAAUGACUAAACAACAAGCCAGAUUUGAACCCUACGAUUUUAAUGGAGGGACUUGCGUUGCGAUUGCUGGAGCUGAUUACUGUGUAGUCGCCGCUGAUACUCGAAUGUCUACCGGAUACAAUAUUCUCACUCGCGAUUACUCCAAAAUCUAUAAAUUAGCGGACAAGUGUUUAAUGGCCUCUUCUGGCUUUCAAGCUGAUGUGAGAGCCCUACAAAAGGUUUUGGGGGCUAAGCACCUGAUCUAUCAACAUCAACAUAACAAGCAGAUGAGCUGCCCUGCCAUGGCUCGACUUCUCUCCAACACUCUCUACUACAAACGUUUCUUCCCUUAUUAUACCUUCAACGUUUUGGUUGGCUUUGACGAGGAAGGAAAGGGCUGUGUUUACACUUACGAUGCUGUCGGUUCCUAUGAGAAGGUUGGGUAUAGUGCCCAAGGUUCUGGUGCUAAACUCAUCAUGCCUGUGCUAGAUAACCAGUUGAAGUCCCCCAGCCCUCUUUUAUUACCUGCGCAGGACGCUGUAACUCCACUUUCUGAGGCAGAAGCAAUUGAUGUGGUCAAAGAUGUUUUUGCAUCUGCAACUGAGAGGGAUAUAUACACUGGAGACAAGCUUGAAAUUGUCAUCUUAAAUGCUGAUGGUAUGCGUCGUGAAUAUGCAGAGCUCAGAAAAGAUUGAUCCACAGAUGAUCAUUCUGCCGGACUUAAUGGAAGUUAAAGUGGUGGUUGUCGUUUACCAUAUCUUCGUUUUGUUAUGAUUUCUCCCAUUACAGUGUAACUUCUAAAUCAGUCCUGAACUUGAACAAUUGCACUUCCUAGUUAAUGAAUAUUUUGCAACGUUGAAAGCUUUCAUGUAAUUUAGAUCAAUGCAGCUGAUUUAAGCCAAGUUAGUUAUCCUCA